UGCUGAUGGGUGGGGCUGUUUAUGACUCAAAGUGACGCAGCCUAGACAAUUGACUGUGCCAGGAAUGUCUACGGCUGAAUAUGUUAUGCGGUUAUAUGGCCUUGUGUUAUGCAUCGAGCGGCGGUUAGUUGCGAGUUACGUUAUUGUAUGGGUGCUGCCGAUGCCUGUAAUCAGAGAUUAUUUUUACGUGUUGUGUCCGUGAAAAUCGUGGUGAUUUUUCGUUCCUCAAUGACAGCUUAGCGACUUACAGAUCAACCCGUGCGCCUGAGCGUUUCACAGAGGCUUCAGCUCAAGUGAGAGAGCUGCUCUUGCACCGUGAAGUCAAGCAUUGUGUCAGUGGUCAGUGCCUAUUUCAUAUUUGGAUACAUUAAUUAAACUGUGUUCAUAUGUGUCCAAUGUGAUAUUGGCACACAAGUGACGACUGAAUGAAGCAUUUGUGAGCUAAAUGUGAGACCCGCUGUAGUGAUGUGACGUGUGAUACCUACAUCAAGAUAAUGUCGAGGCUGGCAGAUUACUUUGUAGUGGUUGGAUACAACCAUGAAAAAGACAAACAAGGCGUCAGCUGCGGAAAAAUCCUACAGCGAUUCCCUGUCACCGACUGGGAUGACACCGCCUUCAUCGAUGGCAUCGAGCUGUUCUGCCAGCCGCAGGGCUGGGCGCUCUCCACGGAGCGUCUGGAGCCGCGCUUCUUCGUCUCUGUUCUCACAGACGUGGAUGCCGAGCGACACUACUGCGCUUGUCUCACCUUCAACGAGACGGUCACCAUCCAGCCCAGCAAGCCAGUCGAUGAGGAAGAGGAGACAUUCAGUGGCGAGCGGAACGGCCUGCAGCGUCUGCCGACCAUCACCCACCACAGCGUCAUGUACGCACCCAAGGCGCUAGUGCUCGUCUCGCGACUGGACUACUUCGUCACAUUCCGGAACUGUUUGGGCAUUUUGUACGCGGUCUACAUGGACAGUUUAGGUCCCGAGCUGGAGGCGCUAGUAGGCAAUAUUCUAGGCUGUGUUCAGGUUCCCCCUCCGGGCGGCCCCCAGGUGCGGUUCAGUAUCGGUGCCGGUGACCGACAGGCGCUGCAGCCGCCGCUAUCCCCCUCCAUACCGACCACGGGAGUGGCGGUGGCACAGCUGUUCGGGCAGCUCGGCAUUAAGAACGUAAUGACGCUGUUCUGUGCGGCGAUGACGGAGCACAAGAUCCUGGUGCACUCGACGGCCUACUCACGGCUGACGGAAGCGUGCCACGCGCUCACUUCGCUCAUGUACCCCUUCAAGUACAGUUACGUGUACAUCCCGGUGUUGCCGUCGUCUCUUCUGGAGGUGGUGACCACGCCGACUCCCUUCAUCAUGGGAGCGCAUUCGUCCGUACUGCACGGCAUGCCAGACCUGAUGGACGUCAUCGUGGCAGACCUGGACGGCGGCUGUGUCAGCGUGCCCGAGUCGUGUAUGAUUCCCCAGCUGCCCGAGCCGGUCCGCUCGCUGGCACUUCACAGCCUCUCACAGGUGCUGCAUCCCGAGCUGCACCGGUCCGACUUCGCCUUCCCCACACCUGUGCGGCCCUCGGCGCCCAUGAUCCUGGACAAGGAGAUCCGCGCCGUGUUUCUGCGGAUGUUUGGCCAGCUGCUGCAGGGCUACCGCAACUGUCUGACGCUCAUCCGGAUACACCCCACGCCAGUCAUCACCUUCCACAAGGCAUCGUUUCUAGGCCAGCGCGGCAUGGUGGACUGCUCCUUCACGGCCCGCCUCCUGGACUGCAUGUUCUUCACCUCGUUCAUCGCCGAGCGCGGCCCGCCCUGGAGGCCGUGUGACAUCUUUGACGAGGUGUACUGCGGCGUCAACGAGAUGGUGCGGCAGGAGACGGCUGACCGGAGUUUGACCGUCACACAUGUGCAGGAGCUGGCGCAGAACCUGUACAACAACGAGAUCCCCAGUCAGCAGCCGUACGUGGAGAAGAUCCCGCGGCCCACUGAGGGCUCGUUCCGGCGUAUCCACCAGCCCGUGUUCCCCACGCUGAACGUGCACGCUGUCCAGCAAGUCAUCGAGGAGGGUCGCUCCAAGACCAACCUCAAACAGAGGUUGGCGGCCAUCAAGCCUCAGCCGAACCGGAUCGUGCCGAUGGGUCCUCACAUCUCCACCCUGCAGCAGGAUGGCCGACAGAUCGUCAACAACUCGGCAAGGCGGCUCGAGGUGCUGCGAAACUGCGUCAGCUGCAUCUUUGAGUCGAAGAUCUCGGACGCACGCAAGUCUUUCCCGGCCGUGCUGCGUGCGCUGAAGAACAAGUCUGCGCGCCUGGCGCUAUGCCACGAGCUCUCGCAGCACGUGAUCGGCAACAAGGCCAUCCUGGACAACGAGCAGUUCGAGCUGGUGGUGCGACUGAUGAACUGCGCCCUGCAGGACGACUCUACAAUGGACGAGCACGGUGUGGCGGCGGCCAUCCUGCCUCUGGCCACCGCCUUCUGUCGACGGCUCUGUACGGGCGUCAUACAGUUCGCCUACACAUGUAUCCAGGAGCACACGGUGUGGGGUAACCUGCAGUUCUGGGAGGCGGCCUACUACCAGGACGUGCAGCGGGACGUACAGAGGCUGUACGCGCCGCGCCACGAGGGCCGCUACGGCGUCAUAGACGCCACCGGCUCUCAGUUCGGCUCACUGGAGGGCGACAGGGACCCGGGCGCCCCCGGCUGGCGGCCCGACAGGAAGACCGCCGAGCCGGCUGUGCUGGAGCUGGCGGCCGACCAGCUGCGCAUGAGGUCACAGCUGGAGGAAGCCAAGCUUCAGGAGCUGUCCAGUACCGAGGAGUCCACCGUGUACAGUCAGGCCAUCCACUAUGCCAACCGCAUCGUGUACCUGCGCGUACCUCUGGACGUGGUCUCACACCGGCAGCGGAUGAACAACUACAACGAGCGCGGCGAGAGCAACAGCAACAGUGUCACCAACAGCGUGGCGGACGCGGAGACGGACAGUCUGACGGCCGAGUCGGGGUUCGAGGACCAGGAGGUGACCUCUGCUGGCGUGGAGGUGACCCGCUUCGUGUCCCGCUUCGUCGACAAGGUCUGCACCGAGGGACACGUCACACAGGAGCACAUCAGGCAACUACAUCAGAUGGUGCCCGGUGUAGUGGCCAUGCACAUCGAGACGCUGGAGGCGGUCAGCAAAGAGUCCAAGCGGCUGCCGUCAACAAAGAAGCCGAAGAUCCUGAUGCCGUCACUGCUGCCGGGCGAAGAGCUGCUGCUUGAGGCAGUGCGCUCCUACCUUCUCCCCGACGGACGGGAGGAGAUGACGGGAGCCCUCGGUGGUCCGGCCUUCCUGCCCGCCGAGGGAGCCUUCUUCAUCACAAACUACCGGCUCAUCUUCAAGGGCGCGCCCUGUGACGCGUUUGCGAGCGAGCUGGCCAUCGUACGAUCGCUACCCAUCUCCUCCCUGACCAAGGAGAAGCGAAUCAGCGUCCAGUACCUGCCCCACCUGGACCAGUGGCUCCAGGAGGGACUCCAGCUCCGGUCCAACACAUUCCAGCUGAUUAAGCUGGCGUUUGACGAGGAAGUGACGGCUGAGUCCAUCGAGAGGCUGAAGAAGCUCAUCCAGCGGUUACGCGCGCCGCCGAGCAUCGCCGAGCUGUUCGCCUUCCGCGGCCAGCACUUUGUCGCCGCGUCAGCCGGCUCCAAGGACAAACAGAAAAACGCCACGCUACGGGGGUUCGCCAAGAAGACCCUGCUACGCACGGCGCGGAAAGCGGGCCUAAAAACCAAGGCGUCCAAGCGGCAGAAGUACGUUCUGUCGGUGGACGGGCGCGCAAUGACGUCACCGGGACGGAUGAGUCUGCCGCCGGCCGACAGCCUCGAGUACCUGCCCGGACACGAGGAUGAACUGUCUGUGGUGGACGAGUCGGAGGUGUCCAGCCAGGCGGGCAGCAGCUCGUCCCACCUGCAGACCACGCCCGUAGAGUCCGUCUCCAUGGAGCGACUCACAGAGCGCAGCUACUACAGGGACUGGCAGCGGCUGGGUCUCGGUCAACUGACUAGCUCCACAUUGAAGAGGAUGGAGCCGUUCAGGGUGACGGCCGCCAACAGCUCCUACACCAUCUGCCGCAGCUACCCUGCACUUCUCCCUCUACCGUGCCACAUCUCUGACAUCUCGGCGGCCAAGGUGGCGCGCUGUCACCGGCACGGCCGCCUGCCUGUGGCCACUUGGAAACACCCGCGCACCCGCGCCCUCCUCCUGCGCGGAUCGACCUUCUACGGAAAGGGCGUCCGGGGAAUCAUCAUGGCGCAUCAGGCCACCAGCUCGUCGAGCGACACCUCGGUGGCUCUGGAGCAGGAGAAGUACAUGUCGGCGGUGGUGGCGGCCACGCCGCUGUCCGUGCCGCGACCGGGCUCCUCGUGGGCCGGCCUCUCCGACUCGUCUCUCUCCAUCGACUCGCUGGUACUACAGGCGGCCUCGGCACAGCCGGACGCGGCCGCCGCCGCCGGCUACCCGACCCUCACCCCCGAGAUGGGGAGGAAAGUCAACCCGUUCUCCAAGGCGAUGAAUACGCUACGUAUGAGCAGCGGGCCGGGCUACCGCGGCUCGCUGCGCCGCGGCGUCGUCUCCGGCAGUGCCCUGCGCUCCUCGUCGGCAGCUACGCUCGGACAGAUGAUGCUCAGCGUGUACAAGCCCAGCUUCUCGCCCCGUUCGCCCGACUCGGAACAGGGCCACCACCACCACCAUCACCCGGUGGGGGGCUCAGACGGAGCUCACACCUUCCAGAAGGCGAGCCUCUACGUGUUCGGCGACCGCGCCCACAUCAAGACGGACUCGUUCCCAAAGACCGACUUCAUCCCGGUGGAGUACUCGGAGGUGAAGCAGGUCAAAGUCGCCUUCAAGAAGCUGAUGCGCGCGUGUGUACCCAGCACGGCGGCCGCGGAACGGGAUCAGACUUUCCUCAGGGCGGUGGAGGCCUCCGAGUGGCUGCCGCAGAUCCAACGGAUCAUGCAGGUGGCCGGCGCUGCGGUAGACCUGAUUGACGUCCAGGGCUCCUCCGUGAUGCUCUGUCUGGAAGACGGAUGGGAUCUGACCGCCCAGAUCUCGUCAGUGGCCCAGCUGUGCCUGGACCCGUACUACCGAACCCUGGAAGGUUUCCGUGUGCUCGUCGAAAAGGAAUGGCUCGCCUUCGGCCAUCGGUUCUCACACCGCAGCAACCUGACGCAGGCGUCGAUGGCCAGUGGAUUUGCGCCCAUCUUCCUCCAGUUUCUGGAUGUGGUCCAUCAGAUCCAGCACCAGUUUCCGCUGUCGUUCGAGUUCAACUCGUACUACCUGCGCCUGGUGGCUUACCACACAGUCAGCUCCCGGUUCCGUACGUUCCUGCUCGACUCGGAGCUGGAGCGCGUCGAGACGGGGCUGAUGGCUGCGGAGGACCGCUGUGGCAGCCUGAGUAGACACCUGCGCCGCUUCGACCCCAGCCAGCUGGACGAGGAUGCCUUCCCUGGCGUGCCCAGCGGCCGGCCGGCCGGCGGUUCAUCCUCGCACGGAGCCGGCGGAGCUCAGCAGACCCAGUCUGUAUUCGACUACAUCGACCGACACGCGGCGCGGUCACCCCUCUUCCACAACUUCUACUACGUGCCGGACACGGAGAACCCGGUGCUGCGGCCUUACUGCGCGCUCAGCAGCCUGCUGCUCUGGGACUACUACUGCGGGGAGACGCUGGCGCGAGGGCCGAGCUACGAUCUGGAGGUGGUGGCGCUGGAUGGGCAGCGCCAGGAGGAGACGGAGGCGGCGGACGGCAGCGCCAGCGCCAGCGGGAGGAGGACGCUCACCGCCGGGUACGACCCCCCGCAUCAGCUGUCGGACGUGUUCUCCUAUUAUCUGGAGGAGAUCCACCGGCUGGAGACGGAGCUGGGCCACCUACCGCAGCAGUGGAAGAACGUCUGGGACAAGAUGGAGGUGCCCAACACCGACUCUCUGACGCGUCAGGCGUCAUUCAACACGCAGAUGAUACGUCACCACGGCCGUUACUUCCACAAGCGCUCCACCAUCGACCUGAUUCUGCGGGGUAAGAUGGCCGGCGGUAGCGCGGCCGGCGCCGGCGCCGCGGCCGGUGUCGACUCUGCCCAGGUGUACUCGGCGCCGCAUCGGUUCGAGAAGUGUAACUACACGACACCGACCUACUGCGACUACUGCAACCACGUCCUCUGGGGACUGGUCAAGACGGGCAUGCGGUGCGUGGACUGCGGCUACAACUCUCACGAGAAGUGUGUCGACCACGUGGCCAAGAACUGCACCAAGUACAAGGCGGUGCCGGAGCCAGGUGGUACACCAGGUGGCAAGGACGGCAACUACGAGCGGACCAGCAUCGGGUCUGCGGUGGCCUCCCAUCACCAUCAGACACCGUCGCAGCAGUUCUACGACCAGUUCUCGUCAAACGUCGCCGAGAACCGCACGCACGAGGGCUACCUGUACAAGCGCGGCGUGCUGCUCAAGUCGUGGAAACAGCGCUGGUUUGUGCUGGACUCUAUCAAACAUGAGCUCAGGUAUUACGAUGCGAUGGAGGACAGCCACUGUAAGGGCACGGUUAACCUAGCUGAGGUCGAGUCGGUGUCACUCGUUCCGCCGGCGCCCGGAGCACCAAAGAAAGUCGAUGACAAGGCCUUUUUCGAGCUGCGCACUACAAAGCGGUUCUACAGCUUUUGCGCCAACGAUGGGCCGUCAGCGCAGGAGUGGAUCGAAAAGAUCCAGGCCUGUCUACAGUAGCUGGGCGUGUGAUCUGGACGGCACUGGUCUCUGGAGGUUCGGCCGGCUGGUCCGGUCUGGUCUGGUCUGGUCUGGUCUGGUCUCUGACCGGCGCUUUUGACCGGGCUCGGACUGAUGGACCGAAACCGGGGACUUCCACCCGAAGUCAGGAAUGUCCCUGGUUGAGUCUGAACCCGAACUUCCUACCGGACCCGGCCGUCAUAGAGCGACUAGCGCAAUUACAUGUAUAGACCAAUGACCCCGCUGUACAGAGAGUAUAUAGCGCGUGUUGUACAUAUAGUCGCGGCGCGGCGCUGGCCGUCGCCCACACAUAUCUUCGGGACCUGUCCGUCAACACGGAGCCUAUCGCUGAGAGUGCUGUCUAUCGCAUGUGUAUGUAACUGCAUUGGCUGUACGUACUGUGUAUGUAUUGUACGUGAACGGCCGCCUAUGUGUGUGUACCUGCGGUUGUGUACGCUGUUGUGCUGAGCUGCGGCUUGUUCUGCUCCUGUUGGGUCGGUCUGGGACGAGUUGGUAGUGUCCCUGACCGAAUCAUCGCCUAAUGUAUGUGCUAUGGCUAUUAAUGCGUGUAUUGCGGCUACGUUGAUCGCUAGUGAAGGCCGACUGUCUGUCGACUGAAGGAGACUGUUCGGCUGCGCCCUGCAGAGAUAUUAAUACGGUCUUCCGCCGUGACCACUGACCUUGUGUGACGUGGAAGUGAACAACGCCGAUCGAGACUUGCCUGCGGUGGGACGCCGACUGCUGGGUUUUCCGCUGUGAAAGGCAUGUUUCAAAAAGGUAUUCCCCGUGAGGCCUGCGAUCUGUACAUGUUCUAAAAGUAGCCGGAUUUGUAAAAACCUGCGGGUGAGAUCUACGCGGUUAUCUGUCUGGCAUUACGGCAGUCUUUGCGUCACCGCAGAGCGAGGCCCUGUCGGCGUUCGGGCGGCGUUGCUCUCCGGUCGGCCGCUUAGCUCAGUACCCGGGCCGGGGAUAUGAUCGAGUCAGUGCCUGCAGCCGCCCGUCACACGCACAGCGUCCGCAGACAGACAUACUGACAGAGCGGCCCCAGUGGGCUGGCGGCGGGCCGAGGCUGUGCUGCGACCACGGGACGGGAUCUCGGGCGGACGGGGGGAGACGGAUAGACGGACGGCUUAGUGACAUGACGGAGAAAGUUACAAACGGACGAAUGGAUGAACAUUGAACAGACGUGCGGACGGAUGGAAACGGUCGCAGACGGAUAUACUGCCUGGUGACACGGACUGAGACAGUUACAAACUGGAUGAUAGACAUACACACGGCGAUUUAGGCAAACGGUGGGGUUGGUUGCAGACGUAUAGUCAAACGGAAACAGGACAUGAAAGCGGUUACAGUCCGAUAAACGGGACAAACUGGGUUACCGACUUAGACUGAGAAAGUUGCAGACGAUUGGACAGAUGAACGAACGGAAGCAGAUGAAAAUGACGACAAAACAAACAAAUUUGAAACGGACGGACGUAGGAAACCGGGGGAUGAAUGCCUGGCGGGCAGACCAGGCAGAAUCCUGACAAAGGUGAGACAGAUGGACAGACGAACAGACUGACAGAGGAUAACGUAGCCGUCUCAUCUCCCGCAGUACUGCCCACCUAAUGAUGACAAUGGUGAUUAUGCCGGUGAAUGUGUUGUCAGUCGCUGCCUGGUCAUGUGGUAAAUGCAGUGUUUUAUUGCUA